UAGAGAAGCCGCGCCGUGCCCCGGGAAAUUUAAAGCCACUCACUAAGAAGAUACAGUGUCGACUAGACAAGAAUCCCUCACAAAUAUAACUCCAAACAGCUACACAACCACGUUUUCUAUUAAUUUCAGUUAGAAUUUUCAAGGUAACUUGACGUCACAAUCUACAGUCUUUUGUUUCUCACAGCCAUGUCUGAAAUCAGUGCACGGAUCAGUAUGGAUGGGUGCAUGAGUACAAUGAACGGAGGCAACAAGAUGUUCACUCCUAUGCCUGGUGGACGAACCAGGAAAACCAUCAAAGCAAAAUCCAUCCGGAAAAGUCAUCAGACAACUCUUGGCUCGUCACCAGUACUCUGCAAAGGACAACGGAAGACACUACAAGUCAUCCAACCAGCCGUCUGCAGCAAGACCAAACUCACAGAAACCACCAACAGGCCAAAAGCAGCAAAGCGAAAGCACAACUCAGAUGCAGUCGAAAAACCAAGUAAAAUGUCCAAAUGUGAGCGGUUUCCAAUCUACGAAGAUCCAAAAUCGAGUUCAGAGAGCAACACAGACAUUGAGAAAUCCAAGACAGCAGAAGAGAAAGCCUGGGAGCUGAUGGUGCAGGAACCCGCCCCAGAGAGUUACUGGAAAGACCUAGCUGAAGAGAGGAGAGUAGCUCUGGACGAGACACUCAAAGAGAAUGAACAGCUUCACGGUGUUAUUGCUGAACUUAAAACAGAAAACGGAAGACUGAAAGAGAUGGCUGAUCAGGCUGAAUAUCUUGCCUCUGUCCUUCAGAAUGUCAUCGAUGGCAAAGAAAUUGAUCAGGACUCUGAUGCCAGCGAAUCAGAGCAUGAAAGCUGCACACCGAGUGACAAACACGGUGACGGAGAGAGUGAGAGACACCCUGAGGAAGUGAGUGAAGCAAACAGUGACAUCACAGAUGCAUCGAGUAGAGAAACUGAAGCAGAGGGUAACAGUGAGAACUAAAAACCGAGUUGGCGUGAUGUGUAUGCAGGUAAAUUCUAAUGUGAUAUUUAUUGAAGUCUUUGCCAUUUCGUAUUCAACUCCGCUCUGGUGCGAGUAAUGCUGUUCUUGAUAAACUACUCAUACAAGAUUCGCAUCCAUGUUUAGCAUAUCAAUAUGAAUGUGUGUUUCAUUAAUGAACAAUAUGGUUAGGUGUUGUCCAGUUGUUGCAUGUGAUGUUCGCAGCUGAGUGAUGCAAAAGGAUCCAUAACUUGUUCGAGAAUACUCUUUGCUUGAUUUUUUGUUUAUAGGGCUAUCCGUUGUUAGAGGGUUUAUUCGAACCAGUACAUGUAACAAAUCAGUUUAAGUCCUAGUAACAGUGAUUAUAACAUUGUCAUUUCUUUCACAAAUUUUUAAUUUCAGACAUAAAAGAAAGUUUUAGUGUUAUUCCUGCCUUCCUAAUUAGCUUAUCCGAUCUCCCCAACAAUUGAAGAGUAUAAAUACUACCCUAAGAGAAGUAAACAAAAAAUUGUUGACAGAAAUUGCAGACUGCUUUAAAAAGUGACUAAAGCAUGCGAAAUGGGAUCAGAUCAUCAGAAGUGGUUAGCGAGGACCAAAUGAGAAUACAUCAUAACCUACACAAAGUAAAUGAAUUUAACAGUGCUUUUUUACCUUAUCUUGAGUCUGUCUGUCUUUGUUUAAUUGCCACAAAGUCACGAUGGGAUUUUUUUUUAGUUGCAUGAAUAUAUCUGAUUCUGUUGAUAUAUGAAGUACUCCACAAUCCACUAUCAAAGUCAAACAUUUCUCCGAAAACCCUUACUUUUUUGUUGAACAUCGUGCAAUUCUGUGAGAAUAAUUUGCCAUUAUUGCUGUUUUUACUUGACUGUCUUGGAUGAAUGGUCGAUCCGCUUCUUACUUCUUACAAGAAGAUUUCUAUAGUUUGAACAUUUUGCCAAGAGAUGAAUAUCUGGUUUCUGUUUUUACAUUUUUUAUCUUCAGUGUACUUUUACAUGUGGUCGCAAAAGAGGAAAUUCACACAAACACCAGUACUGGGAACACAAAAACUUGAAAAUGAAGUGUUUUUUGAGUUUAUGUUUACUCUGUAAGAUAUGUAUUGUUCAGAUGUUUGUAUUUCAUUUUAUUUUUGUCCGUGUAACUAUGUAAAUGUGUAAAGUAUUAAAGUCGUUAAGUUUUGUCCAAGCAGGA